AUGGACGGCGACUUGUCAAUAAUUAUGGAGCGGGCGGCCAACGAGACUACAAUCGAAUGUGAUAGAUAUGGUCGUUGUUUUGAAGGUGAUGAUGUUCCUUUUUGGCUCACCAAGACAGGACAAAUAAUCAGAUGGUCAGUCUUCUGGGGGCUGUUCCUCAUUUUCAUGCUAUGGAUUAUUGUCGGAUAUUGGCAUGCGAAGAGAAGAAUAGCAAAGGGCUUGAAACCGCUGGCAUAUCAUAGGUGGAUGUUAAACAGACGACAACGAGCACAAUAUGACCCAGCCUACCAGACCCCCAACGUAUACUACAAUCAAUUUCCAGCGGCAGGGGGACAAUAUGGCAUGCACCCUAUGCCACCGCCAAUGUAUGAUCCGAAUGCGCCAUUGCCACCCACAUAUCAACCACCUGCUGGAGCGACUAAAGUCGAUCCGUCGCAAUGGAGAUCAGAACCAACAAGACGUCCAGCCGAUGAUGGUGGAGAGUCUGCUCCCGAUUACGAGGCACCUCCUGGACCUCCUCCAACAAAUCUCCAAACAAACAAUACUGGCGCGAGCAAUAAUCCAUUUCGAGGUUAA